UUCAUUCUAAUAGGCACGGCUGUUGUUGCACCUGUACCAGUCUCUGCUCAGGUUCUUCCCUACACACAGGAAGCAGCCUCACAUAGAGGAAGACCGACUCCAGACUACUUUUGUAACAGAUCUUACAGGAUGAACAACGACUACACAGAGAUUAGUCCCUCCGAUCCCUCUGUCGACGCCUACACCACUCCCCUGAUCGCCGUGAAGGCCGAGAUCGGCUACCAGCACAAGAAGCGUCGCUACGUCCGCAAAGAUGGCAACUGCAAUGUCCUGUUCCGUCAUGUUCCUGAGGAGUGGCUCAUGUAUGUCACCGACAUUUUUACUACGCUGGUGGAGAUAAGGUGGAGAGUUAUGUUCCUCAUCUUCACCCUCUCCUACACCCUCUCCUGGCUCUUCUUCGGCAUCCUCUACUGGGUGAUCGCCCUGGCUAACGGCGACAUGAAGGACCCUACUAAUGCCCCUUGUAUGUACGAGGUGAGGGACUUCACCGCGGCUUUCCUAUUCUCACUGGAGACCCAGACCACAAUCGGUUAUGGUUUUAGAGGGAUGUCAGAGAACUGCAUGGUGGCAAUCAUCGUCGUAACCGUGCAGGAUGUCAUCAGCUGUUUUAUUGAUACAUUUGUCAUCGGUAUCGCUGUGGCAGAGAUGGCAUCGACACGGAAACUGACGCAGACGGUAGGCUUCAGCAACUGCGCUGUCAUCAACCUGCGAAAUGGGCGUUUGUGCCUGUCAUGGAGGAUCGGGGACUUCCGCCAGCACCACAUGGUGGAGGGGAUGGCUCGUGCUCAAAUCUUCCGCCCCACCAUGCACGCCACUGGGAGGGUGGACGUCAACUACAAGGACCUGGAAAUCAAACAGAGUGAUAUCCUUUUAGCCAUACCAACCACCAUAUUCCACAUUAUUGAGCCCGGUACUCCACUCUACCACAUGAGCCUGGAGGAUCUUCGGAAAGACGACUUUGAGCUGGUGGUGUCCUUCACCUACACGGACGACUCAACGGGCAUCCUGCACCAGACUCGCACCUCCUACACACCCGACGAGAUUCACUGGGGACAUCUGUUCCAAGAUAUGCUGAAUGUAAACCUGAAAUACUACAAGGUAGACUACUCCAUGUUCCACCACACUGCUAAGGUCCUGGUUCCGGAAGUCAGCGCAGAAGAGUACGAUCAAAUUAAGCUUCGGCGUUCCCCGCGUCACUCCCCGCGCCACUCCCCGCGCAACUCCCCGCGCCCCAAGCGCCCAAGCAUUAAUUGCAAACCCCCGAUGGUGACUGUGGAACUGGUAAAUGGCACCACAGAACCUGAGGUACAUUCAGCCAUGGCUGCUACUAUCGCAGCAGUUUGCGAGGACCAAGGACAUUUGUGUCUUCCAAGGAACCCCAUUCUGACGUAGAUGUUCUGCUGACAUGGCAAUACCAACACAAUUUCAUUGUAACUGGCCAAUGGUCAUUCAGAAACAUGGCCAUUGCAGUCUGCCUUUACUAUUGUCCAGGCUCUGUACGCUGAAGUUGCUUUUAAAUGCUGAAAAAACAAAGUUGAUUGUUUUCAUGAAAUCUAAGAUGAAACCUCAGACUCUUCCACGUACAGUCAAUGUGCAGGAAAAACAAAUAGAAAGACUAGCAACUAAGAAGUACUGUGGUUUCUAGAUAGAUGAAUGUCUCACCUUUAAACCCCAAAUUGUACAUCUUGUACUUGGGUUUCUUGAUAGAUGAGUGUCUCACCUUUAAACACCGUGGUCUUGUACUUGGGUUUCUUGAUAGAUGAAUUUCUCACCUUUAAACCCCACAUUGUGGUCUUGUACUUGGGUUUCUUGAUAGAUGAAUUUCUCACCUUUAAACCCCACAUUGUGGUCUUGUACUUGGGUUUCUUGAUAGAUGAGUGUCUCACCAUUAAACAUCACAGGUUUGUUGAUAGAUGAGUGUCUCACCUUUAAACGUCGUAGGUCUUGUGAAAAAGCUUAAGCUCAAGUUUUUCUUUUCGUAUUAAGUCAUGUUUUUCAUUAGAAUCGAGAAAGAGGCUUGUAUCCACUACUUCCUUACCUGUAAUUUAUUCUGGUGAUAUCCUGUACAUGUAUGCCCCUGUGAUUUCAUUACAUAUGCUGGACUGUGUACCAUGGAGCACUGAAGUUGUUACUAACUCCAAAGCCUUCACUCAUCACUGUACCCUCUACAUGAGAGUGGGCUGGUCUUCCUUAGCUCUUCGGAGAUGAAGUCAUGAAGUCAUUGGGGCGGCAGCAUAGCCUAGUGGUUAGAGUGUUGGACUAGUAAACCGAAAGGUUGUAAGUUCAAAUCCCCGAACUGACAAGGUACAAAUCUAUUGUUCUGCCCCUGAACAGGCAGUUAACCCACUGUUCCUAGGCUGUCAAUGAAAAUAAGAAUUUGGUCUUAACUGACUUACUUGCCUAGUAAAUAAAAUUGGUACAUUUCUAUUUAUCAGGCCAUAUUGAGACAGCUCCCAUUUUACUUGUCUGAAAACUAUCGCCUGUGUACAAAUCUAUUGUUCUGCCCCUGAACAGGCAGUUAACCCACUGUUCCUAGGCUGUCAAUGAAAAUAAGAAUUUGUUCUUAACUGACUUACUUGCCUAGUAAAUAAAAUUGGUACAUUUCUAUUUAUCAGGCCAUAUUGAGACAGCUCCCAUUUUACUUGUCUGAAAACUAUCGCCUGUGUUUCAUGACUGUGUUUUGUUGAUUGUACAGAGAUAGGUGAAAACGCUUUCAAGUUCUCUGCUCCUUCCGCUUGGAACAAGCUUCAAAAGGUCCUGAAAUUACAGGAGCUCGUCCCUUUAAAUUAGUUUAAAGCUCGGUUAAAUUCUAUGAUGUAAAAUGAGUUUAAAGCUAGGUUAAACUCUAUGAUUGAAAAUGAGUUUAAAGCUAGGUUAAACUCUAUGAUGGAAAAUGAGUUUAACGCUAGGUUAAACUCUAUGAUGGAAAAUGAGUUUAAAGCUAGGUUAAACUCUAUGAUUGAAAAUGAGUUUAAAGCUAGGUUAAACUCUCUGAUGGAAAAUGAGUUUAAAGCUAGGUUAAACUCUAUGAUGUAAAAUGAGUUUAAAGCUAGGUUAAACUCUAUGAUGGAAAAUGAGUUUAAAGCUAGGUUAAACUCUAUGAUGUAAAAUGAGUUUAAAGCUAGGUUAAACUCUAUGAUGGAAAAUUAGUUUAAAGCUAGGUUAAACUCUAUGAUGGAAAAUGAGUUUAAAGCUAGGUUAAACUCUAUGAUGGAAAAUGAGUUUAAAGCUAGGUUAAACUCUAUGAUGGAAAAUGAGUUUAAAGCUUGGUUAAACUCUAUGAUGGAAAAUUAAGUAAGGAGCUGUCAAUGUUUUGACUGCUAGUUAAACCACACUUUCCCAAACCAUCUUGCUGUUCAAUGUGUAAUUUUUUAUUUUUUUAACUGUAGUGCUUUGUGUUUUAUGUUGUAAAUGUGUCUGCAACUUUGUGUGCUGCUAUUUCGGUCUCGUCUCUCCUAAAUAUUAACUGGUUUUCAUCAAGCUGUCCGCUCAAGAGGAAGCUUUUCACAGCAAGCAGUGCCUGUAAUCUGGUUCAGGUUAUUAAUCAACCUACCAGGGUGUUUACAAACACUACAAGAACAAGAUCAUCCAUAUGUAUUGAUCACAUUUUUACUAACACUAUAUAACUUUGUUCUAAAGCUGUGUCCGUACCCGUUGAAUGCAGUGAUCACAAUAUAGUGGCUUUAUCCAGGAAAACCAAUGUUCCAACAGCUGGGCCUAAAAUAAUAUAUAAGAGAUCAUUCAAAAGAUGUUGCUGUGACUCAUGUGGAUGAUGUAAAAACUAUCUGUUGGGCUGAUGUGAUUAAUGACGAGCAUCCAGACGUUGCACUUGAUGCAUUUAGGGAAUUGCUUCUUCCAAUUAUUGAUAAACAUACACGUGGUAAGAAACUGACAGAACUGUUAUGACUCCAUGGAUGAUGAGGAACUGAAAAACUGUAUGGUUGAAAGAGAUGGGGCAAAAGGAGUGGCUAAUAAGUCUGGCCGCACAUCUGACUGGCUGACUUACUGAAAAUUGAGAAAUUAUGUGACUAAACUCAACAAAAAGAAGAAGAAACUGUAUUAUGAAGCCAAUAUCAAUUAUAAAGAAUGAUGGAAGUUAAAUGAUGGGCAGAAAGACAAAUAAUUUGUACUCCAACAGUGUACUCCAACAGUGGGCCAUCGUACUCAUGCAUAAAAAACUUGUAAUGAAAGGAAAGCAAUGCAAGUUUGAAUUUUGUAAAGUUAGUGUGGGAGAGGUGGAAAAAUUAUUGUUAUUGAUCAAUGAUUACCAACCUCCUGGCAUUGACAACUUAGACAGAAAGCUACUGAAGAUGGUAGCUGACUCUAUAGCCACUCCUAUCUGUCAUAUCUUUAAUCUGAGCCUAGAGGAAAGUCUUUGUCCUCAGGCAUGGAGGGAAGCCAAAGUCAUUCCGCUACCCAAGAGUGGUAAAGCGGCCUUUACUGGCUCUGCCAACUCUUAGCAAACUGUUGGAAAAAAAUUGUGUUUAACCAAAUACAAUGCUAUUUCUCUGUAAACAUAUUAACAAGAUACUUUCAGCCUGCUUAUAGAGAAGGGCACUCAACAUGUACUGCAGUGACACAAAUUACUGAUGAUUGGUUGAAACAAAUUGAUAAUGAGAAGAUUAGAUUUCAGUGCGGCCUUUGAUAUUACUGACUAUAACUUGUUGUUGAGAAAACGAAUGCGUUCUGGCUUUUCAACCUCUGCCUUAUCGUGGGUUCAGAGCUUUCUAUCUAAUAGAACUCAGAGGGUUUCCUUUAAUGGAAGCUUCUCUAAUGUCAGACAUGUAAAGUGUGUUGUACUGCAGGGCAGCUCUCUAGGCCCUCUACUCUUUUCUAUUUUUAUCAGUGACCUGCCACUGGCAUUAAAACUAGCAUGUGUGUCCAUGUAUGCUGAUGAUUCAACCAUAUACACAUCAGCAACCACAGCUAAUGAAGUCCCUGAAACCCUUAACGAAGAGUUGCAGUCUGUUUUGGAAUGGGUGUCCAGUAAUAAACUGGUCCUGAACAUCUCUUAAACUAAGAGAAUUGUAUUUGGUACAAAUCAUUCCAUAAGUUCUAGACCUCAGCUGAAUCUGGUAUUGAAUGGUGUGGCUGUUGAACAAGUUGAGGAGACUAAAUUCCUUGGUGUUACCUUAGAUUGUAAACUGUCAUGGUCAAAACAUAUAGAUUCAAUGGUUGGGGAGAUGGGGAGAGGCCUGUCCAUAAUAAAAAAUAUGCUCUGCUUUUUCGACACCACACUCCAAAAAGCAAGUCCUGCAGGCUCUAGUUUUGUCUUCUUGAUUAUUGUCCAGUCAUGUGGUCGAGGGCUGCAGGGAAAGACUUAGUUAAGCUGCAACUGACCCAGAACAGAGCAGUGCUCUCUCUGAGAAUGGCUAUCCUCUCAUGAGGGCUGUGCUUAAGAUGUAGUUAAGCUACAGCUGGUCCAGAACAGAGCGACACGUCUUGCUCUUCAUUGUAAUCAGAGGGCUAAUAUAAAUACUAUGCAUGCCAGUCUCUCUUGGCUAAGAGUUGAGGAAAGACUGACUACAUCACUUCUUCUUUUUAUAAGAAACAUGAAUAUGUAGAAAAUCCUAAAUUGUUUACAUAGUGAAUUUACACAACACACACUUAUCCCACCAGACAUGCCACCAGGGGUCUUAUCACAGUCCCCAAAUCCAGAACAGAUUCAAGAAAGCGUACAGUAUUACAUAGAGCCCUUAUUGCUUAGAACUUCCUUCCAACUCAUAUUUCUCAAAUGAACAGCAAACCUGGUUUGAAAAACCAGAUCAAGCAACACCUCAUGCCUCUCCCCUAUUUGACCUAGAUAGUUUGUGUAUAUGCAUUGAUAUGUAGGCUACUUGUGCCUUUAAAAUUUUUUUAUGUAUGUAUGUAGUUCUGUCCUUGAGCUGUUCUUGUCUAUUAUUGUUCUGUAUUAUGUCAUGUUUCAUGUUUUGUGUGGAUCACAGGAAGAGUAGCUGCUGCUUACGCAAUAGCUAAUGGGGAUCCUAAUAAAAUACCAACAGCCAAUGGGGAUCCUAAUAAAAUAACAACAGCCAAUGGGGAUCCUAAUAAAAUACUAAAUAAAAUAGAUUGUUAUUAUCAAUGAGACUAACCUGGUCAAAUAAAGGUGAAAUAGAAUAAAAUACAAAUGAACUCAUGGACAAUUGAAAAUGUUUUCACAGGCAACAGUAAGAGCAGGCAGGCAUUGUGCACAGGUUAGCCACUUAGAAGGAGUCUGCUAAAUGUUAUAUGUAAUAUAUUAUUAUAGUCCCUUAAAAGGGGACUAGCAUGGGUCUGGUACAGGUUCCAACCAGCAAAUCCGCUUAAAAAUGUAUCUGUGUACACCGUAUAGCGAAAUGUCUUGCAUUCAGCAAUAGCCGGAGUUCUCACAGACUUGGGAGUAUAUCUCCUUAGCUUGUGACUCAGGCUGUGAAAUCUGACACUACUUGAAGCUAGGAUGUCCCGCCUACCAUUUCAUUCGUUCUUCUGGACUGUCCAUCAACCCCUUGCUGAACGCUACAUCACAGCCACUGACAAAGCACAUGCCUACAAUCCUUGUAUCCUAGCGCAGCAGAAGAGAGUCGUUUUGCUGCUCUUGCACAGGGAUGGACAACUUAGAUGGGGGUGGGGGGGGGAUCACUCAUCAUGCGGGGCCAUAGUGGCUCGCAGGUCUGCGUUCGCACAUCCACAUCCAUACCCAGAAAGCCUUUUGGGGGCCCUAAGCAAAACGUUGCAUAGCCCUGACUUAUGCCAUGUUAGUUUCAUAUCUGAGUGAGAGUGACUUACAAAAUCAAUGGGGGCCCAUUGAGAUGGUUAGACUAACUUACCAAUCUAAAAACAAAUUUGCUGACACGGGCUAAUUGAGUGACUGACAAUCUGCUGAUGCACAACCCCACAAGAAAUAAUAAUAAUAUUGACAUUUAUUUGAUGGCCUACAAAAGAUGGGCCGUGGGCUGCCAGUUGCCCAUCCCUGCUCAAGCACAUUCAGAGACUAAUUUAUAGCCACCUUUAUCAAAUGCUCAUAUAUCAUGACUAUCAAUGAUGUCAAGAAGUUUUGUAUUACUUCUGUUUGGCAUGUCUCUUGAUGUAAUGACAUGACAACUGUGUCUGAGUUUUGUGCCACCCUUCGCCCUGUGUUUGUUCUAUGCUGGAUGAAGACAUAGCUAUCCAGUUACUUGCUAACACCAGACACAGAUGAAAGUGGAAACCUGUAAGUAUCUUUGCCUUAGAUGAAUAGGGGAACCAUCUAAUUCUGUUUGCUGACAAUCUGCAGUCACAUUUUGGCACCAGUAGACUAGUUAACUAGCUAUGUAAACAAUGCCCCUCUGCGAACAUGCUUUCUGUCAUGUUGAUAACAAGGCUGUAGUUAUUUAAAUUAGGUAAGAGAAUAAGAUGUUACCAUUGGUGUAUUAAAACGAGAGGCUUUUUGUGAUGUCACAAAAAUGCUGGUGGUAAUCGCGCCUCCUGAAUCCAAGUGGUUGACAUGGGGGAGGGGACCAGUAACUUUAUGAUUAAACUUUAUCAAUGUAGAAGCAACAGUCAUUUUUCACAUUUUAGUCAUACUACUUUGAUCUGGUGUCAUCCAAAUAUCAUCCAAUUUCAUGAAAAAUGUGAUUUUGACUGUACGGGACUUUUAAAAACAUGCUGUAUGUUGCAGCAUACACUGAUCAAUAAAACGUCCCUAUUCCCU